AUGGCUCCGGCAUCUCCGACUCCCAGGCGACCCGCUACCGGAAGACGUCGAGGUCGUCCUCCGGGUUCGACCAAUGCUGCUCGUGCUGCAAGAGCAGCCCUCGCGGCAGCCUCCGCAACUGAACCACCACCGAAACGACGUCGAUAUAUCCCAGGAGGGGCCGGUGGCGGUGGUCGCUUCGCUGAUGCUGACUUGCUAACCACGCCGAAUACCACUGGGCCUCCAACAGUCUCGAGGUCAAGAGCAGCUGCGCGCGAGGCCAUCAAUGGCCCUUCUCCAUCCAUAAUGCCUCGGCGAGAGAGAGGCGCUCGCACGCGCGCUGCUGGCAAUGAUGGCUUGGAGGAAAUGCAGUGGGGUUCAGCUGCAGCUAUGGCGACUGCUGUGAAGCAGGCUGAAGACUACAAGCCCCGCGAGGAACGCAGCUGGGAGGACUUCCACCCUAACCUAGAUAUUGAUGCUACAUUCAUGAUCCUGCGAUCUGAACAGGUUGAUGGCAUACCCCAAGAACAACCUGAUUUAUCAGUGGUUCAGGCAUUCGGAACACCUUUGGACGAAACCCGAACCCCAUCGAGACAACCCAACCCCGCAUCAACUGGAAACACACCAAAUCCUCAAGGCCGCUCAGACUCCAAUGCCACCGAUGUUCUUGGUGAAACACCUUUACGGCGCCCUCGUCGACCGACCCGAGAUGUGGUCAGCUUUUACAGCAGCAAGCCUCUGGACUUUCUCUCAACACCGAAAACACCUAAAAUCCUACCCAUUCAGAACCAGACACCGAAAGAGAAAUUGGAUCUUAAACUACCGUCAUAUCGUAAAACCAACAGCAUCGAAUUAUAUGAGAGCAAAACUUUUGGCCAGGCUCGCUUUGUCGACAAGUCAAUGAGUAAUGUUGGCUAUCAGGAGAGUGAUCACUACCUGCGCCCGGAGCAAGCUUUAAUCAAAUCUUCUGAUCUUACCAUGGAAGAUGAUGCAGAAUUGACCGAUGCUGCUAUGGCAGCAUCUGACGGGCCGGUCCACCGUACCCGAAUCGGUCGUGUCGAAUAUGAUAUGGAUGAACAAGACGAUAUUUGGCUUGGGCGAUACAAUACCCACCGCAAGCAAAAUGACGUUCCAGCUAUAACCCGAGAAAUUUUCGAAAUCACUAUGACAAAGAUCGAAAAGGAGUGGCAUGUGCUUGAGAAGAGAAUUCCAAAACCCAACCCGAAGCCUCCACAAACACAUCGCCCACGAUCAAGCUCUGCCGCCGCCGUAAAUGGUGAGCCGCAAGGUGGUGAAGAGCCUGACUCAAAAUGCGCCAUUUGCGACGACGGCGACUGCGAAAACACCAAUGCGAUUGUAUUCUGCGAUGGCUGUAACCUCGCAGUUCAUCAAGAAUGUUAUGGUGUCCCAUUUAUCCCAGAAGGCCAGUGGCUCUGCCGCAAAUGCCAGCUCUGCGGGCCUUCGGUUCCUACGUGUAUCUUUUGCCCCAAUACCGAUGGUGCGUUCAAGCAAACAAAUUCCUCGAAGUGGGCACAUCUGCUUUGCGCUAUGUGGAUUCCUGAGGUUUCCUUGGGCAAUCACACAUUCAUGGAACCAGUCAUGGACGUGGAAAAGGUGCCGAAAAACCGGUGGAAAUUGACGUGCUACAUUUGUCGACAGCGAAUGGGCGCCUGCAUACAGUGUGGAAACAAGAACUGCUAUCAAGCAUUUCAUGUCACAUGUGCGCGGAGAUCCCGGCUGUUUCUUAAGAUGAAGACUAGCCAGGGUGCUCUCGCUGUGUUGGAUGGCGGCAUGGUACUCAAAGCCUUUUGUGACAAGCAUUGCCCGCCUGACUAUGUGCAAGAGCAUAGUGUUCAACAGGCCACAAAGGCAGCUAAGAAAUUCUAUAAGAGAACCAUGAGGAAUCGUAUUUGGGCUGAUAACACCGCUGUUGCGAAUGCUAUUGCAGAGCAGCAGCGCAAUGCCCUUUCAGAAAAGCCGUCGGAUGAAACACAGCUUACUGGGACAAAGUCUGCAGCCGUUGGUGACAAAAAGAGAGGCCAGAAUCCGAAAAACGUCUGGAAAACCCCUGCAGGUGCACCUAUUAUACCGCAGGCCGUGUUUGAAGUUGUAGACACUUCGAUCCAAAGAUUCGCAUUACCCAAACGAAAGGAGUUCCUGAGCCAGGCAUGCCGCUACUGGACCCUGAAGCGUGAGAACCGUCGAGGAGCGGCACUUCUAAAGCGCCUGCAGCUUCAAAUGGAGUCCUUUUCCUCAAUGGAACUUACGCGACGCGACUUCGCAGCUAUGGGACCGAGCGGAAAGAUCAGGCUUGCUAGACGCAUUGAAUUCGCCGAGAGUUUGAUUAUUGAGCUCGAGCAGCUCAAAGAUCUUGCAGCCGAGCUUGUGGAACGGGAGCAGAUCAAGGUUGCCGCGGGUGAACUUGAACAAGAAUUUGUGGAUGAGUGUUAUUUCCCUGUCGCGAAACUUCUCAACCCUGCUGUUGACAGGGCAACAUCACUUGAUAAAGAUCUCUUCAAGGACGGCCUUGACAAGCUUCAAAGCCGCGUCAAUGCCCGCUUUUAUGUGACAGUAAUGUCCUUCGCUUUGGAUCUUUGCGAUGUAAUCAGUACUGGCAUUUCUACAGCACCGCCUGAGUCAUCUACCGUUGCAACUCAUACUGAAGUUGUCGAUGCAUCACCUGCUAAAACCACUUUCUCGGAUAUACGAGAACGCCGAAAAUUGGGAAAACGCAUAUUGAAGGCUGUUCAGCCACACCUUGAGACAGCCUUACGGAUCGAGUCGGAGAUCUCCCAAAAGCCUUUCGAGGGCUUGAAGAAGGAGCUGGAGAACAUCAUUGACAGAAGCGUAGACAUCCGACCACUGACUGCGAUGAGCCAAGAUAAACCAACUGACCUCAGUGAUGAAGCCAACGACACUAUUAUGGUUGAUGCCGAGCUUCAAAUUACUGUUAAGGCCAGUUCCACUGAGGGUGGAGAUGCGAUGGAUACUACUUCUGAUAAUGGAAAUAUUGAGGUCAGCACCAAUAUUGAUGUCGAUACAUCUGAUCUCGCAGAGGCAGGUGCUGUCGGAAAACACGAAUCUCUCCCCAACACUAUCAACUCGUCCAAUACACCCCCCGACACAGAUGGUUAUGUGUCGAAGCCUCAGCCGGCACAAUCGGGGCCUCCCACACCGCCACAAUCCAACGGCAGUCUUGGAUUGGAACCCGCGGAUCCUCUCACAGACGGAGGGAUACUUUGGUACCUCAAGGGUCAUGACCCCAAGGGAACAUCCGUUCUCCAGGAGCGGUGGGCCGGGAGAGAUGCCGUACGCAUGCUCAGCGAGGACCUUACAGAUUUAGAUGACGAAGAGUUCAAAGGCUUGGGUAUGGAUGUUGACCACGCUGCAGCAUCUGCCACAGUUGAGGCAGAUGUGAAGGAGGAGGUAGAACCCGCGGGCGGUAAGACCAGAGCGAGUAAAGCAAAGAAGCGGAGGACAUCAACAAGGAGAAGAUGA